AUGAUCAUACCACGAAAGGGAUUGAACAUGAGUCGCGGGAUCAAGGUUUUAUCAGUCAAUGUCUUUCCCACUCACUCACAAUCUUCGUUCACACUGAACGCUAUGUACGAUCUCAGCCUUGCUUCUUUACUCCGGGGGAAUGUGUUGCUGCGUCGAAGUUCGAACGAUCACACAUAA